CCGCCGGUGCUAUGCGCUGGCUUCGAGGGGAGUGUUCUCUCGGGGGUGGCGAAGGGCUUGUUCGAGUGGGGCGCGAAGAAGGAGAAGGGCAACCAAGACGAGGGCCCCGGCGAGGGCGGUGAGGGCGGCGAGGGCAAGGAGACGGGGGGCGAGGAGAAGGAUGGCGCAGCCGCAGGGUGCGCCGAGGGCGCCCCGCUUCUCACAGAGCAGGACGAGAGCACAAAGACGCCGGGCCUCUUCCUCGUCGGGCCGGCCGUGAGGCACGACGGAACGACCGCGACAUACGCCUCAUCGCCCGGCCGGAGAGACGCGACGCUCUGUUUGGGGUUCGCGGCCAGAAGUGAAACGUCCGGCUUGAUUGAAAUCACGUCGUUCAUCUCACUCAACGUGAUCUGUGAUAAGGGGGCCGCCCACAGGCGCAUUUUGUAUACCGAGGCGGUGCCCGACAGCGUUGUAGAUCCCUGGGCGAGGGUGGUGGAGGUCAACGUGCUCAUCACUGGCUCAUCACACCUCAUCAGUGACAUAUCAUAUUCAUAUCACGCCAGCACCACGCCGCCCCGGGUGUGCGGUGAGCUUGCUGGCUUAACUCCAAUAGUGCUCAAAGUGCCGUAA